AUUCCUUUUUUACCGAAGGCGAAGUAGAAUCUGCCUUUCAUCGCAGCACAUGAAAGUUCACUUGAUGAGAGAGGAAGGGGGAGUAAAAGUAAAUUCAAUAUCAUGGCAAUGGCGAGAAGGCCGAAAUGUUUGUGCCCAUUUCAGGACUUGAGAACAUCCUGAAUCCCAAAUUGCCUCCGGGAGAGGUAGGGCGCGAUGUCCAUCGACGGCGAAGAGAAGCCAUGGAUGUGCGGCGCUGGCGCCGUGAAUCUUCGGCGGGUUGGGUCGAUCGUUCGAGAUAUUGGAGAGCCCUGCCUUCAGCAUUCACCUACUAAGGGGAAAAAAAUGCUCAAACCAGGAAGGUGGCAUGCUACUUUUGAUAGUGAUGGAAAGAUAAUUGGUUUCAAUAAGAUCCUUAAAUUGAUAAUUCUAGGGGGUGUGGACCCAUCCAUAAGAGCAGAAGUUUGGGAAUUCCUUCUUGGUUGUUAUUCUAUAGGCAGUACGGCAGAAUAUAGGUGGCAACUGAGAAUGGCUCGAAGGGAGCGGUACAAUGAUUUACUCAAGAAAUGCCAAAUGAUGCAUUCAAGCGUUGGUACUGGCAGGCUUGCAUAUGCUGUUGGUUCCAAAAUAAUGGAUGUAAGAAAGAUGUCCUGUGAUCGACACCAAGAUAUACAUACUGUCAACUCAGAUGCUUCUCAAGAUGCUUCAAGUGAAAUAAAGAGACCUUAUGAAGUGAAUAAUGAUGACAUGGAUUAUGCAUAUAAAACAAGUUGUUUAGGUGGUUCUGCUAACACUGCAUGUGUCAAGGAAAGAACUGACUAUGCAGGUUAUGAUUCUCCAAAUGAAAACUAUUCUUACAGAACAGGAGAAAUGUUUAAAUCGGAAUACUCAGCGGAUUCAUAUUUUGAUUUUCCACCUCUGCCUGUAACAGAUUUAUUCGAAAAGAGCGAAAGGGAUGAUAAAUUAUGUGAAAUAGAAGAAACUACAUUUGUAACACAACCCAGAUGGAUGGUGAACAAUGAAGAUGCACAUAAUGUUCAAAUGGAUAAUAAUAUAGAUUUGAUAAGAGAAGAUAAAAGAUUUGCCAAUUUAGAUUCUAGAUUGAGUAGUUAUGAGGACUCCAACUUUGACGCCCAUCAAAUGGUGCAGGCAAAGAACUUGGAAUGUCAGAGAAUUUCUUGUGACAAAAUUGGAAUACCUUAUGAUGGAGAAAUGACAAUAACGGAUGCACAUGGUUCUUGUGAUGCAAUCUCUGAUGAGGGGAGGGUAGCUGAUUGGCUUUGGACGCUUCACAGAAUUGUGGUUGAUGUAGUGAGAACUGAUAGUCAUCUCGAAUUUUAUGGGGACACAAAAAAUAUUGCUCGGAUGUCAGAUAUUCUAGCUGUCUAUGCAUGGGUGGAUCCUGCCACUGGCUACUGCCAAGGUAUGAGUGAUUUGCUUUCUCCGUUUGUUAUCCUCUAUGAGGACAAUGCUGAUGCUUUCUGGUGUUUUGAGAUGCUUCUUCGCCGAAUGCGGCAAAAUUUCCAUAUGGAAGGACCUACUGGAGUUAUGAAGCAGUUAGAAGCUUUGGGACGGAUCUUGGAACUAACAGAUUUUGAGAUGUUCACUCAUUUAUCAGUGAUAGGUGCUGAGAGCCUUCUUUUUGCAUUUCGAAUGCUCCUGGUGCUUUUUCGUCGGGAGUUAUCAUUCAAUGAAGCACUUUCCAUGUGGGAGAUGAUGUGGGCUGCAGAUUUCGAUGAAGCUGCCUCUCGUGAACUAGCAGAUAAUUGCCUUGAUCCACUCAUCUUACGUCUUCCACAAGAUGCUGCAACAUGUACAACUGAUGGAAACAAUAAACAACAUUCAAAAAACUCACCAACUGCACACUCUAAUGCAGAAGAACCUGUAUGUGGGGUUGAUGCCUUGAGGCCAAUCUCCAUGAUUCCAUUUUGUGGGUUUAAGCCUAGUAAUUUCUGGACAAGGAACCAUCAUUGGCAGACCAACACACUUGCCUUUUCACCCUUAAGGAACGGGGAUGAUGAUUUGGCUGUUUUUUGCGUGGCAGCGAUCCUGAUUCUCAACCGUCCAAAAAUCAUUAAGCAAGCCUGUUCCAUGGAUGACGUAAUAAAGAUGUUCAAUGACAAGAAGCUUGAAAUCAAUGUGAAGAGAUGUGUAAGAUUGGGUAUGAGGCUAAGAAAAAAGUACUUUUACAAGCUUAUGAAGCAGUCUAGCAAUGGGAACACAGAAGUAUGAGAUGUAGGUCAUACUUCUCAUUGGUGUGCUGUCAGGCAAAUCUCAAGUUACAUCUCCAAAAUUUGCUGACAAUGAUGAAUUUGAGAACUACAAAUUCAUUAAAUAACAGUUUGCAUUGGAAUAAAUGCAAUGAGCAUAUGAUUAGUUAAGGAAUUGAGCUGGAGAAAUUCUUGUUUAAACAAUUAGGUGGAUUUCUACUGCGUUCGUCCUCCUUUGCAAGCUAUGCAGGUCCUUUUUUUAUGAAGAUGCCAAGGUUCUGAAGUGAGCCAAUUCCACACCUUUCAGGAGUUGAUGGAUUGGAAGCACAAAAUCAAGCAUCAAUAUCAUGAUACAGGGUGAACGAGCAUGGGAAUGCUUUUCUCUUAGUGGCAUGUUUUUUUGUCUAUAUUCUAUUUGCUAUAUCUGCUAUAAUAACUUGUCAGCUUCUGUACAUAAUGAAAUUUCGAAAUGCACUUGGUUGUCAGUUUAAUACAUAGUUUCUGAAUAACGCAGAUCCUAUGAAGUGCAAGAAAGGAAAUUCUUUCCCUCUGCUUCAACUUUUAUGCAGUUAAUAUUAUUUACGACAAUAGCUGACGGGGCAUACGUGAAAGGAGAAUUUGUGCUAUACUCUUAGGGAUAGGGGCAUUUGUCCUUGGAGUUCAAUAGAUUAGGCUUUCCUUUUCCCCUCAGAAAAAUUUUGUUGGGUAACUUAGCUAUUUUGUACCUGGGCUUUGUAUUGUUGUAAUAGGCUUCGACAUGGUCAAGAUAUGAUUCAAGUACAUGGUUUAAUGGUUAUUACACAUUAUCUCAAUGGUGCUGCUGAAUGCAGGCUUUCUUCGCAUA